CAAACUGUGUAUUUACACGUUGUGUAAAAGCGUAUUCCGUUACGUUUAUCAAAUUGUAUGUCGUUACGUAAGUUGCGAGCAAAUGUAUUUAGUCGAUUGGAUAGCGCGCUUUAGAACUCGCUCAAAAAUGACUUUUCUUUGAAAAAUGUGCAAGUACAAUUUUUAUGUUCCAAAAGAAGUGUAACCUCGGUAUUUAAAUUGUACAGUAAUAAGAUGCACAUUAGUUACAAUGUUAUUAUGAUAAAUUAACAUCGAGCGGCAAAGCUUAUCUGGCCAUGAUAUCUCCGUUGUGUACCAGUUAGGUAGGGGGAUCGCCUGAUUACGACUCGCCUCGUUGCUCAGUCGUCACCGAGGAACUGCUAAAGAAGAGACAGACAGCAGUAAUAUGCUUUGACAUUACGAAGAGUGAGGCUCACACAUAUAAUACCACAGUCGAAGAUGUUGCGCGCAAUAAUCUUAAUCAUCGCCUUUGCUGCAGUGCAAGGUAGUAACAACUGCGUGGAACAAUCGUUUGGACCAGGACGCAUCGUAUGCGUCUGCAAUUCAACGUACUGCGACACGAUAGACGAGCCGGAAUUACGAGCGGGUCAAUUUCAGUGGUACACAUCUACCGAGGACGGUCUAAGGUUGCAGCUCACCGUUGGCGAUUUCUCUUCCAUUAAUAAUGAAAAUAAUGGAUUGAUUCUCAUAGUGAACAGCAGUCAAGCGUAUCAAUCGAUACAUGGAUUUGGCGGUGCGAUGACCGACGCCACUGCACUCAACAUCAGAACUCUCAGUAAUGAAACUCAGCAGAUUCUGUUAGAGCAGUAUUUCGGUUCACGUUCUGGUAUCGGAUACACGCAUGUCCGCAUACCCAUCGCGGGUACCGACUUCUCGACGAGGCCGUACACGUACGACGACACGGCCUACGAUGUCACGUUGAGUAACUUCAGCCUCGUCGAAGAGGAUGAGUAUAAGAUCCACUACCUGAAUUAUAUCAAGAGCAUUAUGCCCGAUCCAGAGAGUUUGAGGAUAUUUUGUGCCGCAUGGUCCGCACCGUGGUGGAUGAAAUCCACCAAGAGCAUAAGAGGAGGUUUCCUAGAACCCCAAUAUUAUGAAACUUACGCUGAGUACGUGAAGAAAUUCUAUGACGCGUAUAAAGAACACGGGGUGGAGAUAUGGGGGAUGACGCCGGGGAACGAGCCGAUGGACGGAGCCGCUGUGAAUUUUUCCUUCAACUCCAUGCUUUGGACUCCCAGAGGAGAGGCGUUUUGGUCCGCCGAGUAUUUGGCACCGACUUUGUCCAAUGCCGGAUACAAUCCCGUCUAUAUGGCGAUGGACGACCAGCGGUUCGAAUUGCCGUGGUAUCCCAAUACGAUGUUCCUUAAUCCAAAGGCCAAAAAAUUGUUCGGCGGUAUCGCAUACCACUGGUACACGGAUUAUUUAUUCUCACCUAUGAGAUUAGAUAUAACGCAUAGAGAAAAUCCGGAUAAGUUUAUACUAAUGACCGAAGCAUGCACCGGUAGUUCUUCGUGGGACAUAGAGAAGGUGGUAUUAGGAUCGUGGAAUCGAGGAUUAGCAUAUAUUUUAGAUAUAAUCCAGAAUUUGUCGCACUGGGUAGUCGGAUGGGUCGAUUGGAACAUGGCGCUCAAUGCGACCGGUGGACCAAAUUGGGCCAAUAACUUUGUCGAUUCACCCAUCAUUGUGAUACCGGAAAAUGACGAGUUUUACAAACAGCCAAUGUUCUAUGCGCUUGCUCACGUUAGCAGAUUUGUGCCACGCUAUUCUUAUAGGAUCUACUCUGAAGGCCUCGAUAAUCCAAACCUUCGAGCGAUAGCUUUUUACACACCCGAACAGAGAAUUGUGGUUGUAAUCGUUAACAUGGCUGACCAGCCUUUUAAUGUAACGGUCAAAAGUACGAAUAUGUCGGAGCACACGAUCAAUUUGGAGAUACCCGCAAACUCUUUUAACACUCUUUUAUAUUUAGAGCAACAAUAAUACCAGAAACUUUUCAAAUUGCGAACAGAGGAAAUAUUGUUCGACACAUCACAUAGACAAAAUUCUUUGUUCUUUUUAUUUCAAGAAAAAAAAAACGAGAGUAAAUUAUGACGUUGAAGUUUGUUAUACGAGAGGUCGCCCACGAUGAAUGAAUGCAAUGUCUGUACGGGAUAAUUGCGUAAGAAUUGGUAAUUGUUUUCGAUCACACGAUAUAUUUAUACGUUCAAUGCGUUAUUACAUACAGUUUUAAUCACG